AUGACUUCACACGCUGUCGCUGAACCAAGUGAAAUCGGUCUGGUCAAUUCGAUAUCCGAUGAGGAAUGGAAGAAGCGUAAAGUUGCCUUGAUUUCUGGCAUUACUGGACAAGAUGGUUCUUACUUGACUGAAUUCUUAUUGGAGAAAGGAUACACUGUUCACGGCAUCAUUCGACGCUCAUCGUCCUUCAACACGGGCCGUAUCGAACACUUGUAUCAAGACCAACACAACCGCCCAAAAAUGCUUCUGCACUAUGGAGACUUGACAGACUCGACCAAUCUUGUCCACAUCCUAGCCAAAGUACAACCAACCGAAGUGUACAAUCUCGGUGCUCAAUCGCACGUCAAGGUCUCUUUCGAUAUGGCUGAAUACACUGGCGAUGUCGACGGUCUAGGCACAUUAAGACUACUGGAUGCCAUCCGAACAUGUGGAUUAUCAAACCGUGUAAGGUUUUACCAAGCAUCCACGUCAGAAUUAUAUGGAAAGGUAGUCGAAACUCCACAGAAAGAAACAACUCCCUUCUACCCUCGAAGUCCUUAUGGUGUUGCCAAGUUAUAUGCCUUUUGGAUUGUAAAGAACUAUCGUGAGGCUUAUGGAAUGUAUGCUUGCAAUGGUAUUCUUUUCAACCACGAGUCUCCAAGAAGAGGUCAAACUUUUGUCACCCGUAAAAUCACUCGUGCUGUAGCAAAUAUACAUUUGGGAUAUCAAGAAUGCUUGUAUUUGGGUAACAUUGAUGCCAAACGUGACUGGGGUCAUGCUCGUGAUUACAUUGAAGGCAUGUGGCUAAUGCUACAACAAGAGCAACCCGAUGACUUUGUCUUGGCUACAGGCGAAACCCACACUGUUCGAGAAUUUGUCGAAAAGUCAUUUGCUGAGGUGGGCGUCAGUCUUGACUGGGAAGGAGCAGAUGAAAAUGAAGUUGGAAAGGAUUCAAAGACUGGUCAGAUUAAAGUUAGAAUUGAUCCACGAUACUACCGUCCUACUGAAGUCGAUUUGCUUUGGGGUGAUCCAACCAAAGCAUCAAAACUGUUGGGAUGGACUAGGAAGGUCGGAUUCAAUGAUUUGGUGAUCGAGAUGACGAAAGCAGACGUCCAAGCCUUACAACAAAACAAGCAUGACAAGAACUAA